UCUCUCUGCUACAGAGGACUUCAUGUUGAUAUUCAAUGACAAUUGUGAAUAAUUUACCACUCCUUCAACACUCUGUGACACUACCGUAACUACUCCUCACUCUUAGAUUGGGCUCUGUCCAUCCCUCAUUCUCAGCCCAAUCCAUGGAGUUCGUUUAAUGCUUCAAGAGACGCUUAGCAGUGUCAAGUUCAGCCCAGAAUGGGUCGAGACGCGUACCUCUUCAGGCUUGCAUUUGGCCGCUCCUACACUGAACCUCCCGAGGAUGACGUCCUCCAACGCCAUCCCAGUAUCCUUUACGACAACUCGAGCAGUCCGAACCCGCAGAAUACUACAGCAGCACCACCACGGCAAUUCUAUGAUGAUCGUGGCCACUCCGUCAAUCGUAACUCGCGGCGGUACGCUCGAGCUCUACGUGCUGCUCAGAAUGAUGUGCUAGCAGCAGUGGGUGUAGUAGUUCGCAACGGCAGCAAGGAACCCAGAGGACCAAAAGAGGAAGAACUGGCAGCCAUGGCUCAGGAUGAACAUAUGUCGGGCCUGGUUAUGAGCUAUAUUGCUCCUUACGUGGAGAAGUUUCUGCUGCAUUGGCUUCAUGCCUUGAAACACAAGGCUUUGGUCUAUCCUAUGCUCUCGAACAUACCGGUCAUUGCGUUUGCAAGGAGUGAAAUAUCAUCCUAUGGUUAUCGCCAUUUCCUUUUUGCGGGACUCUCAACCUAUUUCGUCCAUUCACUUCUACGCUACCCUGAUUGGUUGUCGUUUGCGUUUGAGGGGCUAGAUGCACUUGUGCAAGCUACCGUCUCGUCUUCAAGAAAGAGAAGAGCGUAUGAUAAAUGGAAGCCCAUUGUCCGUGACAUCCUCGAGCACUCCAUGAAAAUUGUGGCGCUUCCAUUCGAGCUGUAUUAUCUUCACCAGACGCUUGGCGUUGCUCCAACAUCAUCCUUGCUACCUCCUUGGAAGAUAUUCUCUUCCACGCUCACAUCGCUUGUAUGGCCGUUGUCCGGAUCGUGGAAAAUUUUAACUAGCGGCCGAAUCCCCCCCAUCCCUCUAGCGCCAGCUUGCAUGGGGUUGUUGACGUAUAACAUGGCGACCUCGAUUCUGGUCACUGUCAUAUUCAGAACCAUGCGAGACUCAGUCCUCCGGCCGGCAAGCAAACAGUGGCUUGCAAGGCGGCGUGGCUAUAAGAACACCCUAUCGGAGACGAUCGAGCAAUUGUUCGAGGAAGAUGCGCAGCCAUGGAGGCCAUUCACACGCCGUUUCAGUCCCGUAUUUCAGUCCAUCAUGAAUACAUUGGGUUGGGGCUGGAAACGACAUGAACUGACCAGGACUCCACUGGCGGAGCUACCCUCGGAUCUCGAGCUCGAGAGGGAGGCAGAGGUCUUAGCUUGGCCGUCUUUCGACCCGGAUAUCCUCGCUUACAUCCCCCCGGAAGCAUUAACAAGAGUUCAUGGCGACCGUGUAACCUCUGUCAUCCAUGAUGGGAUCUCAAACAGAGAAUGGGAAACUAACGGGAAUAUGCCAUCGAACCCGAACGCCGCUCCUGCAGCAGGUUCAAACAAUACCAGGCGGCCACCAAGACAUUCCGCUGCUUCAUCAACCACUGAUCCACCAUCACCGGCCGCUAACAGCGACGCAACCAUUCGAAUCACCUCCUCGGAUUCUCAUACUGGCGUGGUAAACUUGGAAAUCGGUCUGCCGGAUCAUCCAGCCCCAUCCACUCAACUGCAAUCUUCCUCAGCACAUCCCCGACAUCGCAUCAGGCGCACCGUCACCGACACCCCCCGUUUCAACCCCGACCUCUUCACCUCGCCUCCAUCUCCCACCCCCGAUGCACUAUCUAUCGACCCCGAACCUCCUCAAAGCCCUUCCGCAACUACUUACAUUACUCCAGCAACUCCCUCCUCCGGGGCACCACCCCCUUCAGACGCUGAAAACCGCCCACCAAAUUCCCACUCCCUCAUGCCUAUGCCUCCCGAGGCUACCCACUCCGAAGAAGCCGCCAUCCCCGCCAUCUACGCACACUUCCGCGCCGAAAUCACCCGGCAGCGCCACAAAAUCCUCCACCGCCGCAUCCAGCACCGCCACCAGCGCGUCACCAUGCUAUCGCUGUACAUGUCCGACAACCUCGCGUCGCUGAUAACGAGCAAGCUGGUUAACGCGCUCACGCUGCCGUGGCGCGCGUGGAUGUUGCGGGAGGUGGCGCGGCAGGCAAUAGGGGGGAUGGUGCAUCCGGGAUAUGGGAGGGUGGGGAACGUGGGGUUGGGGUUGGUAGGAGGUGGGGUGGGGUGGGGUUGGGGUGUGAUGGGGAGGGUGGCGCUGUUGGAGGCGGUGCAGAUGCUUUUGGAGAUGGGGAUUUGGAUGGGGGAGUGGGGGGUGGUGAGGUUUAUUGGGUUACGAAGCUUCAGAUGGGGGGAAGUUUGA